AUGUUGCCGUACCAAACGGUAGCUAUGGACUACGCGGUGGCCUCUGGCUUCCAUCACCAGAGGCCGGGCCUGCCAGGUGUGAUGGGCCUCCCAGGUCCAGGUCCGGGCCUAAAUCCGGGCCUCAACACGGCCUUCACCCAUUCCUGGUUCGUACAGACAAGCCCGGAUAUGUGUCGACAACAACAAGCAUCCAACCAAACGCAUCUCGAACCUGGCAUCCUCGAGCUACGAAAGGAGAAAAGCAGGGAUGCGGCAAGAUCGAGACGCGGGAAGGAGAAUUACGAGUUCUAUGAACUGGCGAAGAUGCUGCCUCUACCAGCGGCUAUCACCAGCCAAUUGGAUAAGGCAUCUAUCAUACGACUGACUAUCAGCUACCUCAAGUUAAGAGACUUCUCAGGUCACGGCGACCCGCCGUGGAGUCGCGAUACACCACCGACUAGCAAGACAUUGAAAGGAACUCAGAAUAGAAGAACCCCAGCGGGGCUGGCUAUGGAGUUGUUUGAACAGCAUCAGGGAACACAUAUCCUACAGAGUCUGGACGGGUUUGCUCUCUCGGUGGCUGCAGACGGCAGAUUCCUCUAUAUAUCAGAAACAGUGUCAAUAUACUUAGGUUUAUCACAAGUAGAAAUGACUGGCAGCAGUAUAUUCGACUACGUACAUCAGGCUGACCACGCGGAGAUAGCGGAACAGCUUGGACUAUCACUCGCAGGACGAGGGGGCGCUGGUUUGAGCAGCCCAGCAUCAGGCAGUGAGGAGGGCAGUCAACAUGGGACAAAUAACCCUGAUGUAUCAGCACAAAUGACACUAGCUGCUAGUGGGGCGUUAUUCCGGGGCAUGGAUCGAGCUUUUUGUGUCAGAAUGAAGAGUACUCUUACAAAACGUGGCUGUCAUUUCAAAUCUUCUGGAUACAGGGUGGUGCUUAUGCUAUGUCGUCUUCGGCCUCAAUAUACGUUCUCUCACAGUCGGAAGACACCACCAACCUUGCUCGGGAUGGUGGCACUAGCCAUCGCCCUACCACCACCAUCGGUUCACGAGAUAAGGCUCGAGUCUGACAUGUUCGUUACAAGAAUUAAUUUCGACUUCAGGAUAGCGCAUUGCGAGCCCAGCCGAGUUUCGGAACUUCUGGGAUAUACAGCUGAGGAACUUACAGGGAAGAAUCUUUACGCGCUCUGCCAUGGAGAAGAUGCUAACAAACUAAGAAAAUGCCACGUAGACUUAAUGAACAAGGGCCAAGUACUUACCCAUUACUACAGGAUAAUGAACAAGUUGGGAGGCUACACCUGGAUGCAGACCUGCGCUACCGUCGUCUGCUCCUCGAAGAACGCUGAGGAACAGAACAUUAUAUGUGUCAACUAUGUUAUUAGUGGCCGCGAAUAUCCGAACACUGUUAUGGACUGUUGCCAGUUAGAAGAGAGUGUUCAGGGUGUCAAACGAGAAGAGACGACCGGAGAUCCAGAGAACGGUCCGCCUGACGCUGACUCCGGAGGAGGUCAACCACCUCCCAGACAUCAAGCUGAGAGAACAGAACCUCCUUCUAAUAACGACGCGACCUCAUCAGCCCCACCAACCUCUGACGUCACACACCUAACAAGACUGAGCGACUCCCAACCUCUACCACUACACACGACACAAGAAAGGUCCUCGCCGAUGCCAAGAAGACUGAAGAAGAGAAAACAUACAGAAGACGACGAGACAGAAAGAGAUGAAGAACGAAGAAAGAGUUCUUCGAAUUCCACAGCAGCGUUAUCACCAGUAGAACGCGAUAUGACCAAAGCGAAUCUAUCGAUUCCCGAAACUUCAGACGCGACAUCAGUUCGAGAUUUAGAAAACGCCAUGUCCAAACAUUUACCGUCAUUAGAUGGUAAAGAGAUUUCGCAUCGACCGACGGACUUUUCAACAGAUGCGUUACUGAAACAACAACAACAGAAGUCAACUAUUCAGUGGAUCGGUGCUCAAAAUCAUCAUUUGAACCAUCUCAAUCGUCAGUUGCCGGGAAACCAUACACCAACACCGGCAUCAGCAUUGUUAAGGCAGUUGUACGCGAAUAGAGAAAGUGUAAUACGAAGUAACUUCUUAGGUGAUGGAAGGACAGGAGGAUAUUAUUCGAGCGAUGGUCAAUCAGGCCCGUUACCUACACCACCAGGCAGCGAGGGGUCAGGAUACGGUGAACAGUUGGGUCAUAAAGGCACGGAUAUCGGGUCGUUAGCAUAUGCGGGUUAUGCUGAUUAUCAUUCCGCCAUGACUCCACCUGGGUCGGUGUCACCCAGAGACAAACAACAAUACGCCCUACCAUAUGACAAUUCAUAUUCUGAAGCGUUAAGGCAUCCAUAUUUGGGGAUAAAUUCUGAAGCACCUCUGCCGUUGAAACCUCAAGCGUAUUCGGCUGUUCCGGGUGCUUUGGACUACGCUCAGUUGGACCAGUCACAAUUCUUCCAUCCAUCAUCCUCUUUCCAUCUCUAUCACCCUCAGGCUCACGCCGCUCAUGCCUCUCACUCGCACCAAACAGAUAAAUCGGCUCCACCGAAUACUAAUUGGUAUUCAACCAGCUCAUAG